AUGCGCAACGUGAAUUCAGCCACGAGCCGACUAUCAGAGACGCGGCGAUCAAAUCGGGUCUGGAAGAGCGGCGUGUCACCCACGCCCUCACUUCCGUCUUCUACGCCAUCGACCAGGGUUGCGUAAAGCAAUGCGACGAGCUGUUCGAUUUCAUGAUGACAAAGUGGCACAAUUGCCGCUUUUUCUCCUUCACAAAAGGACUGACAAGCUUGAAGAAGACGUUGAAAAACAGGAAAGCACAAAUGGCCCUGAGAGAUCACUUGAAGGCGGGGGUUGGCGGGGGUAAGGGCGGUGGUCGUGCUCCUGCACCAAGGGCGGCAAAGUCCAAGGAGCCCAAGGUGUACACCACUGAACAGAGAGCGCGACAGUUGCAGCUCAAUGAAAUUAUCGGGGUUGAUGCAUGGCGGAGUCUAACGUGUGACCACCUCAAAGAGUACAUCAGAGAAUGCGGCGGUACGGUGCCGAACCCACCCCAUAAGGCCGAACUCCAGAAAGCGUUGCGCAAGCUCGCACCACGAGCGGGGGUAGACAGCGACCCUAGCCUGGCAGCUCUUCGGCCGUCGAUUAUCGUUCCGGAUAACUGGUAUGGAUGAGUACAAUCUGUGUUACCGAUGGAGGGGGUUAGGGGGGGGUUAACGUGGGUUGGGGGAAGUCCCCGACACUCCUUCUCAGCAGGGAAUGUUGUCGUUGUUGUUGGUGUCUUUAUAUAAAAAAAUGUUCUUGUCUCUUUGCCCGGU